AUGUUCAAAUCGGAGUCUGAGAAGAAGUGGGACCAGGCUAAGGACGACGCUGCCAAUGCUGCUCAGCAUACGAAAGAAGCCGCCGCCGCGAAGUACCAGGAAACGAAGCCCGUUGUCCAGGAGAAAGCCAGCAACAUGGCCAGCGCUGCCGGUGAGAAGAUGGGCGAAUGGAAGGAUGCCGCCGCUGCCAAAGCGGGGGAGAUGAAGGAUGCUGCCGCCGAUAAAGGCCAGUCCCUUUAUGAGCAAGCCAAAGACAAGGUGUCCGACGCUGCCACAGCUGCCAAAGAUGCCGUAUCAGGAGCGAUGGCCAGCGCCAAGGACGCCCUUACGGCUGCGCCGGGUACCGGUGUUGAUAUUACCAAGGAUCUCGAAUCCCGACCGAUGACAUCUCCCGAUGGUGCGGAUUUCGAAACGGAAACCCCGCCGACGCUGCAAGGGAAGCAUUUGUAA